AUGGGGCUGCCGGGGAGGAGGGAGGGCGGCCGGCGGCGGGCCACGGGGACCAUGGCAGAGAGCAAUGCAGACUGGAUGGGUUUACUACCGGCGGCGCUGCGCUCUUACCCGCUCUCCAACUUGGCCAUCCCGGGGUCACAUGAUUCAUUCAGCUACUGGGUUGAUGAGAAAUCUCCUGUGGGACCAGACCAAGCCACAGCCAUCAAACGUUUGGCCAAGAUUUCUUUGGUUAAAAAGAUCAUGAAGAAAUGGUCAGUGACUCAAAAUCUGACUUUCAAAGAGCAGUUGGAAGGUGGGAUCCGCUACUUUGAUCUUCGUGUAUCUUCCAGACCUGGGGAAAUGGGACAAGAGAUUUACUUCAUACAUGGCUUGUUUGGCAUCAAAGUGUCAGAUGGGCUGAAGGAGAUUAAUGCCUUUCUUGAGCAGCACCCUAAGGAAGUCAUCUUCUUGGAUUUCAAUCACUUCUAUGCCAUGGAUGACAGCCAUCACUUCUUCUUGAUCAACAGAAUCCGCUCAGUUUUUGGAUCCAAGCUUUGUUCUGUUGAAUGUGUUGAAUAUGUCACAUUGCAGUAUAUGUGGGAGAAGAAACACCAGGUUCUCAUAUUCUACCACCACCCUUUGUAUGAGGAAUACCCCUUCCUGUGGCCAGGGAAUAAAAUGCCAGCACCAUGGGCUAAUACAACCAACGUCCACAAACUGUUGCAGUUCCUGGAGACCACUCUUGAGGAACGAAGUCGCUAUGGAACUUUUCAUGUUUCCCAAGCAAUCCUCACCCCUCGAGUGAAAACCAUUGCACGACAUCUGGUCCGUGGGCUGAAGAACACGCUCGUUCAUAGGAACCUACCCAUGAUUUUGAACUGGGUGAAAGCACAAAAACCAGGUGUUAUGGGUGUUAACAUAAUUACCUCAGACUUUGUGGAGCUGGUUGACUUUGCUGCUACAGUCAUUGCAUUAAAUGACCUUCUUCUAGAAGAGGAUGAAUCUACUACUACAUCCUGA